CCAGCUCUCUGGCAGUGGCGCAUGUGUGCUAUUCACACGUAUUAUGACAGUUGACUCUGAACCUCUGGAGUGUCAGGACAAAGCUGGAGCAUACCCUUGCACUUGUUUUAUUUUUCCUUUGUAACCCACUGCAUGCAUGUUAUAGAAACCAUGGUUAUAACAGGGACCGGUAAUCGUAUUAUGGCUUAAAAUGGACCUACAGUUUUAUAUCUAUUGGGAAAUUUCCCACUGGGUAAUUUCCACUGUUAAUAAUAUCCAUUGAGAUUUUGUAUAUACAUGUCUGAGAGGCGCAGAAUUAACAAUGCCGGACGAGAAAGCUGUAGGCUUUUACGCUUUCCUCCACUGGAUGAAACACGGACUGUCAAUCUUCUAAAAUGAAGAACGAGAGACGACCACGUUUUCAGAAAGCCGGUGUAGCCAAUAGCUCAACUCUCUGAUACUCUUGAAGAAUGAGCCGUUCGUGUUGCAUCGUGGGUGUCAACAUGAGCCACACCUGCGAAUCUCCGGUAUCCAACAUGACCGUAGAUCUAGGUCCACUCGGGGGUCAUCAGCCUUGGGAAGUGGUACUGAUCAUUCUUGUGACUGGGACACUCUCUUUUAUCACCAUCUUGGGUAACCUGUUAGUGCUCGUCUCCUUCCGGCUCAACCGCCAACUAAGAACCAUCAGCAACUAUUAUCUCUUGAGUUUGGCAGUGGCUGAUUUGAUCUUGGGCACUGUAUCAAUGAACCUCUACACAGCCAAUAUCAUAAUGGGACGUUGGAUGCUGGGACAUCUAGCAUGCGACCUCUGGCUAGCAUUAGACUAUGUAGCUAGCAAUGCUUCAGUUAUGAACCUCCUAGUAAUCAGCUUCGACAGGUACUUUUCUGUAACGCGACCGUUAACGUAUCGGACCAAACGGACACCCAGGAAAGCUGCGGCAUUGAUCACACUAGCGUGGGUGGUCUCGUUUGUACUGUGGGCCCCUGCAAUAUUGUUUUGGCCCCAUCCAAAAGAAGCACUGAAGGACAAGGUGAACUGUUCGAUCCCGUUUCUAACAGUGCCUUCUUUAACCUUUGGAACAGCCAUAGCUGCUUUCUACCUCCCUGUCAGCAUCAUGAUCAUUCUAUACUGGCGAAUUUACUGGGAGAUUGAGAACAGAGCAAAAGGACUUGCUAAAUUUGUUGGGUCUGUUGGUAGCAGUCAGAGUAGCUCAGUGAAGGUAACAAAUAAGUGGUCCAACAGUAAUCGAAGUAGUCUCAGUAGCUCCACUGAGACACAUCCCAGAAAGGGUCUAGAGCUUGCCAGGAAAACAUCAGUUGGGUGUUUUCCAGCAAGACAAAAGCAACUUCCAGGAAAUCUCUCCAUGCUGCCACCAUCAAGUGAAAUCAAUAACAAGGAGGCGUGUAGCAGCAACAGCUGGAACAUUGAAGAUGAGGACGAUGAUGACGCCGCGACGUCUUCGACGAGUGAGGAAGACCAAAAGCAAGAUCACGUAGCAAUGUCACUGUCUGCAUCAAAUCCUGCAGUGAUCAAGCUGAAGGAGCUGCAUGUGGCAUCAGAGUAUCAACAGGAAAUUCCAGCAUUAUCUGGACAAGUUGUAGAUCCAUCUUCUAGUCAACCUUCCAGACAUCUUUCACUGAAGAAGAACAGACUGCUGGACCUAAGCUUCCACAAACAACCCAAAACCAAAAGGCGUAUAAAUAUGAUCAUACGAGAAAAGAAAGCAGCACGGACGUUGAGCGCCAUCUUACUGGCCUUUAUCCUGACAUGGACUCCAUACAACAUCAUGGUCUUGGCUUCUAUUUCAUACUGCGUCCCUGAAAAGUUAUGGCAUCUGGGAUACUGGCUGUGCUACGUCAACAGCACAGUGAACCCCAUGUGCUACGCUCUCUGUAAUGAGUCCUUCCGAACCACUUUCAAAACACUGCUACUUUGUCGCCGUGGAGAUGCCAGAAAGUGGCAAACGAGUCACCAGAGCCGUAGUUUUUCGGUGAGGACGAACAAGUCAUGCAGCACGGUGUGAUGUGCAAAGUGUGUGUGUAUUUAUGCAAUAACGGAUAGGUAAACCUGCUGUGUAACGAACAGAAGCAUGUGUCUGAAAAUGCCUCAUCAGAAGGUUGAUCUAAUUGACUGGAAAUCUGUGGUACUUAUAGUCCACAAUAGUGCCUGCUAUGGAUGAAGGUCAUUCUCAACACGAGGCGUCAAACCCACUAAACGACUUUCUCUUGUUUUGGACUUUUUGCCAGUGAUGAAUGACGGAGAACGCUUGGAAAUUUUUGCACUGUUUAUCAAAGCACGGCUAAGUUAUGCGUUUCGGAAUCCGCGCCUGACUUCUUUUCUCUGUCGUCUUUCGCCGUAUCUGUGUUGUGUCCUGCCUACCAGUUUAAUUUCCCAUCUGUGUGCCAUUUGAAAAAGAAAGAUGGGGAAAGGAUGACUAAAAUAACAGCCACUCCUCGGUUUCCGCUACACGGGCCCUUUUGAACGAUGCUGCCAAAUUGUUCCACUGAAGAUUUUUUCCGUCUGCGGUAUUACUCGAGCUAAGCAACGGCUCCUUCCUUGUUAUGAACUCGUAAGGAGAAUCGUAAUACAGAAAUGAUUUAAGAGAUUGAACAGAUUUGUAUAUUAUGUGCAUGUUGUACUUAAUAUCAAAAAAAUCAGUAAAAUAUCAGGAUCAAAAGAUCAGUGUUUGCUUUCCAUGUCAUAAUGAACAAGAAUUAACUGACGCACAUCAAACAUACAUGUAAGACUAUAAGAACUAAUCAACCAAAUAAAUAUUUUAUUUAUCUACAAAACUGAUUAUCCGUUAGCUUAAAUGCUAUGAAGGACUGAACCAAUUGGCUUCACACCACUUAGAUUGUAACUAGUUGAUAAUUACUAUUUCAUUAAAUGUUCUAUAGCGCCAAAUGACCAUCGCCACCAUUUGCACUUGUAAAACAUCUCUUUGCUGUUUUUAAUAAGCUUUUCGACUAGAUGUUGGAUUGUGGCUGUGUGGAUUUGUGUUCGUUCACCUAGGAGAGCAUUACUGAGAUCAGAAACUGAUGUCGGGAUGUCGAGGAGACUCCAGUUCCGGUUUAUCCCAAAGGUGUUAA